AAUAUCAUGACUGAACAGAAAGAUGAUCGUGUUCCAACCUUUAUUCAAUUUACUCGUCCCAAACGGAAAAAAACCACUACUCGGUCAUCCAUGCAAACAAAGAAACGACAAAACAAGCAACAAGAAUCAUCAAAAGAAUCCAUGCAUAAAUCCAAACGAAGAAGAGUUCCUUUAGAAGACAAUUCUACAGAGAUCAAUCAGUCUCAUCAUACCAGCAAGCAUCAAAUUCCACAAAAGCAAACCAGUCAGUCAAUGAGAUCUACUUCAAUGACCUUCACCACCAUCAGUCUUCCUGAUCGUCAUGAUUUUUUGUCUUCAGCAAAGCCUUCCAAGGAAAUAAAACAAGCCCCUCCAUUACAAGCAACCCAUCAGAGUUGCAAGGAUAGUACGUGUCUAAAACGAACACACGACGAAGCAAUCUCGUCUGAAAGCACCAACACCACCUCUACACUAGCAUCAUCAUCCUCAACAACAACAACAACAACAACAACAACAACAACAAUAAUAGAACAACAAUCACCUACGUCAUCAGUGACUAGCCAAACAUUAUACCCUCUAAAUACUGACUCCAUCGACAGAACAAUGGAUCAACCCUCAUGUGGAUCAAACAUCAGUGAACAUAGUACCAACAACGAUAAUGAUGACGGAUAUGAUAGUAUGGAUGAUCUGGAGAAUAUGGUCAGUGCUGUGAUGGAACAAAGGAAUGAUGAUAUGGAUGAUAUUGAAGAACAAGAUCGGUCUAUUGAUUAUCAAGAUGCGCUCGAUGGACAAGAAGAUGAGUGGGUGCGUAGCUUUAGUAUUAGGAACUUGUUAGGCAAAAUCAACUCUGUAUUCGGAUCAUCUUGACCAUUGUUGUGUUUUUAUAUAUUUUUUUU